AUGGUGGUAAAAAUAGUUGAAGCCUACGAAAAAGUUGACCAAGUUAAAAUAUUAUUUAAAGAAUAUGUCGAAUGGUUAAAUAUUGAUUUAUCAUUUCAAAAUUUUUCAGAAGAAUUUAAUUCACUACCUGGUAAAUAUUCAAUUGAGAAUGAUGGUAGAUUAUAUAUAGCAUAUAGUGAUGAAUCAUUAGCUGGUUGUGUUGGUUUAAGAAAAAUUAAUAUAGAAAUUAAUGAAAAUAAAAAUAAUCAACAAGUAGAUCAUGAUGAAACCUCAACAAUUAUAAUUAAAAAAGAACAACAACAACAACAACAACAACAACAACAACAACAACAACAACAACAACAACAACAACAACAACAACAACAACAACAACAACAACAACAACAACAACAACAACAACAGAAAAUAUGUGAAAUGAAAAGACUUUUUGUAAAAUCAGAAUUUAGAGGAUUAAAAAUUGGUAAAUUAUUAGUUGAAAGAUUAAUUAAUGAUGCAAAAGAACAAAACUAUGAUUAUAUGGUAUUGGAUACAUUGAAAACCUUAACAACAGCAAUUUCAAUUUAUAAAAGUUUUGGUUUCAUUGAAUUUGAUCCUUAUUAUUAUAAUCCAAAUUCAAAUGAUGUAACAUUUUUAAAAUUAAAAUUAAAAUAA